CUCUUUUGCUGCUACAACGGAUCCUUUCCACAUCGACGCCGCCGUUAACGUCACGCCUGUAAGCCGCGCUCGCCCGGCGCUCGCCUCCGCUGCCUUGCUCCUUUCCCCCAGUCGGGAUGCUGCACUAGCGAGGGGGUCGCUCAUCGCUACCAAGAGGAGGAGGAGGGGAGGACGAGAAAGAAAGAGAAAAAACAAAAAAAAAGACUGGAAACAAGAAGAAAGAAAGCCGGAGAGGGGAAGAAGAAACUGUGCGCCAUCCCUCCUCCGAACCCCGGCUCGGCUACGACACCCCCCACCCCACCCCCCCACACGACCCCCAGAUCUCCCUCCGACGGAGAGAAAUUGACGGAUUACUGGGAAGUGCGCGGGAGGGAGGCAGGCGGCAGCCGCUGCUGCGUUCGUGCGUCGCGGGGAUGCUGUGUUAGCGCUGCUGAGGCUGGAGCGUGCCGCUAGUUAGGAGGACUGAUAAAAGCUCGUAAAAAGGCAGCGUGAGUCCUUCUCCCCGAGGAACGGGGGGAGAGAAAAAAAAAAUUAAAACACGACGCCACUAUCAAGAGGAGAAGAAGUGAGAGAAAUGGGGAAGGGCUGUCAUGACCGACCAAGCGAGUAACUGAUUGACUACUAAAAAGUGAACAGGAAUACAGAGGAGGAGGAGGAGGGGGGGGGUCUCGUUCUUUCUUCUUUUUUUUUCCCACGGCUUGUCAUCCUUUGCCUCCUAAAAAACUGCAAAAAAAAGGGCAAAGAACAUCGGGAAGAACUGUGGAAUUUGCAUUCAAUCGUCUCCACCCCCACCUUUUCUAUUUCUGCUUUUGCUGCACAAAAAAAAAAGAAAGAAGAGAAAAACUGUUUAUGUGCGCUUCUAUGGCCGUCUGCGCGAUGGAGAGCUGGGUGAUGCGUCUAGCGGGGGGAUCGAGCGCCGGAUUCCAAGGACAAGCGAGGGAAGAGGAGCCGACAGCGAGAGGCGAGGAAGAGAGCGCCGCUGCUUUGGGAGCCUGACUGGAUUUUCUUUCUACUGUCUUUUUUCCUUUUUUUUCUAUUUCUUUUCCCUCCAAUCAGCACGGAAAAGGGAGGGAGAGAGAGAUUAAAAAAAACACUCACAAAAAGGCCUUCGAACCUUUCUACUUGGAUGUAUGGAUUUACAAAAAAGGGCUUAUUUUGAUUAAGUCUUUGGCAUUGGUACCUAUUUUGACAGGGGCUCGUACAAAAGUGGUUCUCUUUGCUGACUUCUGGAUAUAAAUACAUCUGAUGCAAAAACCACAGCUCUGUCUGAUUUUGCAAAAAGGAGGGAAGCUAUAUAUCUCAGUUCAAGGACCUGUAUUAAUAAACUGAGGUAGGUGGCUAGCGUUUCAACCCCUCUUCGCAUCGAUUUGUAACACCUUACUACCCUGUCUUGUAAUACUAUUUUGCUUAAUUUACCAUCAUGUCAAACACACAUCUUAGAAAAGCCAGUCCUCUCCACCCCCCCCUCUCCCACUGCCCCUGACAGUUCAUGGAAAUAAGAUUAGUAUUUAAGUGAGGAUAGGUCAAGUCCUCUCGUCCCAUAACAAGCACCCAGAUCCGCCAUUUCCCCCCCCUGUUCUACUCACUUCUCUUAUCCUUUUUACUCUGUUCUUAUCGGUACGAUUGGUCAUUCAAUUCUUUCCAUAAUCCACCGAAACCUUACCCCAAACACCCCCCACCCCCAUCCUCCCCCCCAGAUGAUGCUGAAUUAUGAACGUGCCACAUCAUGAGUCUCCUGGGGCGGGUAGCUGUGCAUCGUGCCAGGAAAGCCGCCCUGCUCUGUGUAAUCUUCCUCAUGGCACGAGCGUGGAGCAGCGCCUCCCUGGCCUUAGCGGGGGCGGCGGUGUCUCCGGGACCCCAGGGCUGUCCACCACAGUGCUCCUGCAGUAGCCAGCAGGGCAAAGUGGUGUGCACCCGGCGGGGCCUGUCCCGCGUGCCCCCGGGGAUCCCCGCCAACACGCGGCACCUCAAUCUAAUGGAAAACGCCAUUGAGGCGGUGCAGGCUGACUCCUUCCGCCAUCUGCACCACCUCGAGGUGCUCCAGCUUGGCCGAAACGCCAUACGGCAGAUUGAGGUGGGCGCGUUCAACGGACUGACCAGCCUCAACACGCUGGAGCUGUUCGACAACAGGCUGACGGUGGUGCCCAGCGGAGCCUUCGAGUACCUCUCCAAGCUGAGAGAGCUGUGGCUGAGGAACAACCCCAUCGAGAGCAUCCCCUCCUACGCCUUCAACCGGGUGCCCUCCCUCAUGCGACUGGACCUAGGAGAGUUAAGGAAGUUGGAGUAUAUCUCGGACGGAGCUUUCGAGGGUCUCCAAAACCUCAAGUACCUCAACCUGGGAAUGUGCAACGUAAAGGGUGACAUGCCAAACCUGAGUCCCCUAAAGGGCCUGGAGGAGCUAGAGAUCUCAGAGAACAUGUUCCCGGUGAUAAAGCCAGACUCCUUUAAAGGUCUAAACUCUCUAAAAAAGCUAUGGGUGAUGAACUCGCAAAUCACAGUGAUCGAACGCAAUGCUUUUGACGGCCUGUCGUCAUUGGUGGAGCUCAAUCUCGCCCAUAACAAUCUGAGCGCUGUGCCACACGACCUGUUUUUCCCGCUCAAGUACCUGGUGGAGCUCCACCUCCACCAUAACCCUUGGAACUGUGGCUGCGACGCCGUGUGGCUAGCACGUUGGCUAAGGGAGUACAUCCCUACCAACUCGACUUGCUGUGGACGCUGUCACGCACCCACCACCAUGAGAGGACGACAACUAGUCGAGGUGGACCAAGGUCAGGGCGCUGCCGUCCAGUGCUCUGCACCGUUCAUUGCCGAUGCGCCGCGGGACUUGAACAUCUCGGCGGGCCGGGUGGCUGAGCUUCGAUGCCGUACCGCGCCAAUGUCUUCGGUGCGCUGGCUGCUACCCAACGGGACUGUCCUGACACAUGCCUCCGGCCACCCCAGAAUAUCAGUCCUCAACGAUGGUACCCUUAAUUUCUCAAAUGUCUUAGCGGCAGACACGGGCACUUAUACCUGCAUGGUGUCCAACGCUGCUGGGAACUCCAACGCCUCGGCCUACCUCAAUGUGAGUGCAGCUGAGCUCAACACGUCCAACUUGAGUUACUUUACCACAGUGACUGUGGAGGUCUUGGGUCCGACCACUGAGAUGCCCAAGGCUAAGACUACCACGACCGCUGCUGCUGCUGCGGGUGCUGGCGUCGCUGGAGGAGGGGGAGUAGGCAUAGGGACGACGACUACAACCGCCUCUCCUUCCGUCUUUCAGCCGGUUUUUAUCUCAACACCGACUGUGCUCCUGCAAAGCACCGACAGUCCAGCGAAGCCGUCGGUUGUGCCGGGACUACGAGGGGCCACCGGCAAACCGGGGAGGUCUGGCCCCAGCCUGGAUGAGGUGAUGAAGACCACUAAGAUCAUCAUAGGUUGCUUUGUGGCGGUGACACUCAUGGCUGCAGUCAUGCUAAUUGCCUUCUACAAACUCAGAAAGCGCCACCAGCAGAGGAGCACAGUUGCAGCGGCCCGUACGGUGGAGAUUAUCCAGGUGGACGAGGAGGACCUCCCACCACCGGCCUCUGCGGCCCAGGAGUCAUCGUACGCUUUGCCUGAAAUCCGAGACCACAACAGCAUACACAAGCUGGACUUUAUCAGCCACAAGACUGAUUACAGCUUUCACAAACCCAAGGCUGAAUACAAACACCAGCCGGAUUUCACCCUGCACAGGCCGAAGGCGGAAUAUACGACUUACAAGCCAAAUAUGGACUUCAGCACCCACAAAUCCGUCCCGGAUUACAACACACACAAGUCAACGCCUGAUUUUAGCCUUCAUAGACCAAAGCUUGACUGCAGCCCAUUUAGACAGGAGUACAUGACUCAGAAACCUAAAUCUGAAUACAGCCCGUUUAAACCAGACUUUGGCACUCACCCAAAGGUUAAGACAGACUACAGCCCCUUCAAACCGGAUUACAGCACUCAUCCUCGGCAGAGACCCGACUUCAGCCCAUUUAAACGAGACUACAGCACCCAACCAAAACCCAAACACGACUACAGCCCGCUGAAAUCGGAUUACAACACGCAACACAAACCCAAAGCUGAAUACAGCCCUUUCAAACACGACUUUGGUACCCACCCGAGGACCAAACCCGACUACAGCCCAUUUAAACCAGACUACAGCACUCAGCCUAAACACAAAAUGGACUACAAUUCCCAGAGACCCAAAGCAGAAAUCACCCACAAAACCAUGGACCACUACACCCCUCACAAGACCGCGCCGGACUACAACGCCUUCAAGACCGACUUCAGCCCCCACAAAGUGGAUUACAGCGCCUUCAAGUCCGACUUUAGCCCGCACUCUCAUAAACCUAAGCUCGAUUACAGUCCUCACAAGACUGACUACAGCACCAUGAAGCCCAAAUACAACACCUACAAGCCCGGCGGCCAGGGGGCCAAAUGGACAGAGAACAAUGUCGGGAACUCUUUGCCUCGAACCCUGCCGAGCACCGUCACCGCCCUGGCCGAGCCCUUCGUCAUAAAAACUCACACCAAGGAGAAGGUUCAGGAGACUCAGAUUUAACAAGUCCCCCCCACCCCACCCCCCCAGUCCCCACCAUGCCUGGAGACUCACUACUUUUUGCCCCAUUGGCCCCCACCAACCCCGUUCCACCCCCUUCUUUUCCUCAUGAAAAUCAUGCAAUAUAAUGCACAAAAAAAAAGAAAAAAAGAGGACAGGAACUACUUUUUUUGUACAGAGUGCAAACUUUAAAGACUGAUGAUUUAUCGUUGUACAUGCUUAUAAAUAAAUUAUAUAUAUAUAUAUAAAUAUAUAUAUGGACACACUGAAACUACCAUGGGUUGGUGAUAGAGAAACAUAUAUUAAAAAGAAAUUGAAACUAUUUUCUAACUUGUAACUUCUAUUUAAAAUGAGUUGUUUAAGACGAUGUCUCGACUUUGAACAAUGAGGGUAGUCUUGUUUUAAAAAAAAAAAAGGGGCAUUCUGUGUGAUUUUUACACCGGGCUACAGAGAAUGCAGUGAUAGGAAGAAUAUUUAUACGGAGAAGACUUUCUUUAACAGAAACCUGGGAAAAAAAGGUCACUGUCGACCUUUACAGGUUUAUCUUGUAAAAGCACCAAGAAUUUGUACUGUGCCAAAUGUUAUAAAUGCAAUAAAAAUGAUUU